AUUUCUAUAAUGAAAAUAUUUUAAAAAUGAUUUAUAGGACCAAUAUUUGCUUCACGUAGACGAGUUUUAGUCAUAAGGCGGUUUAAAAAUGAAUCACAACGUUGCUAACGUAAAACGGGAUGAAAAGAAGAAGGAUGUAUCGAAAGUAUCGAAAAAAAGUCCGGAAAAAAAUAUGUCUGAAAUCGACGAACAUAUACUAAAAAGGUUUGAUAUAAAAAAGAGACUGGGCAAAGGUGCGUAUGGCAUCGUCUGGAAGGCAGUAGACAAGAAAAGCAAGGACGUUGUGGCCAUAAAGAAGAUUUUUGAUGCGUUUAGAAACCAGACGGACGCUCAACGAACUUUCCGAGAGAUCAUCUUCUUGCAGUCGUUCAGAAAUCAUCCUAAUAUCGUUAAAUUGCAUAGCAUACACAGAGCCCUGAACAACCGCGACAUAUACCUCGGCUUCGAAUACAUGGAGACUGACCUUCACAACGUGAUCAAACGUGGAAAUAUCCUCAAAGACAUACACAAGCGUUACAUUAUGUACCAAAUGCUGAAGGCGACAAAGUACAUACACUCGGGGAAUGUUAUACAUAGGGACCAAAAGCCGAGUAACGUUCUAAUUGACAGUGCUUGUAGGGUUAAGAUAGCUGACUUCGGUCUAGCUCGCUCAGUGUCUUCUAUGUAUUCGGGCGGCGAGGACGGAGCUGAUCCUUGCCUGACUGACUACGUGGCGACGCGGUGGUACCGAGCCCCUGAAAUACUCAUUGCCAGCAAGAGCUACACAAAGGGCAUCGACAUGUGGUCUCUUGGGUGCAUUUUAGGAGAGAUGCUGGUUGGUAAGCCCUUAUUUCCGGGCUCUUCUACAGUCAACCAGAUCGAGAGAAUCAUGGCUUCUCUACCGCGCCCAUCUUCUGAAGACAUUGCAGCAGUCUGCAGCGGUUACGGUUCAUCUCUCAUCAGAGAGCAAGCUGCGACUAAUGGUGGGGGAGCAUCGCUCAACGCUCUGCUGUCCUGUGCCCCGCGAGAUGCUGCAGACCUGGUCCACCAGCUCCUUGUGUUCAAUCCAGCUAAAAGGCUCAGCGCUGAACGGGCUUUACACCAUGAAUAUGUUGCCAAAUUCCACCGUGAAAAAGACGAGCCAAUCUUACCGUCGGACGUCUUACUACCAUUACGGGACGAUAAGCAGAUGUCAGUAGACGAUUACAGGAACAAACUAUACAGCAUCAUGGCCAAGGGUUUCCAGAACCACACCAGUCAAUUGAGAAAAACACAUUCCAGCAAAUCCCAAACUCUCGCGGCGACCACCAAAAGCAAGAGUUUCCAAGAAGCCUCAGACCUGACCAAAUCUUACGCGAAAUUAAAACAUUCGAGCGUUUCAGCCGACCAAAAAAUAAGACCAAAGCCUAAACCUGUCGAUAAACCACUCAAAGAGUUCCGCUCCGACCAAUCCAUUGGAAAACCUCUUAAAGCUACUAAACUAUUUGAAAACCGGGGCCAUCAUGAAUGGAUGGAGAACUGCCAUGGCGAUUAUUUUCAACCAGUAAACAGACAAAGUCCUUCGGACGCUGGGUACAUGAGUGGGGGUAAGAAAAUUGUUCAGCAAAGGAGGAAUUCCACAUCCUUCUCUACUAUAACCAUUGGAGGUGAUGGCUACGGAUUUGGAAACCAGAAACAUGGCGUCAUCACAGCUAGUGCGCUUAUGGAUUUAAGAACGAGUAUUCGGUGAAAAGGAAGAAUUAGAGGCAGAAUCUCUUAGUUUAAGUGCGGAUAACUUCUUUUAUAAUGAAUUGGUUUUUUAUGAGUCUUUUUAAAUUGAUAUAGAAUAUACAAGUUUUAAUAUGCUUUCUGAGGUAACGACAUGCAUUUGUAGUUAUGAGCAUUUAUACUUUUCCAAGCGAUAUAGACAUAAUGCUUUGACGAGGUCCUCGAGGCCUUUAAAAAACCUCACAAAAUUUGACGUAUUUACGUUACCUUAAUUGACAGACCGGAAAGAAUUAGUAUAAUAUUUCUCAUCGUCGGUAGCAGGGUGAGAAACCUUAUAUUUUAUUCCGAUCUGUCCGAUCCAAAAGAGUGGGGGACAGACCGAAAAUAAUUAGUUUCAUCUGUACUUUAGUCGAGUCUACGGAUACAGAUUCAACUUUUUAUUUCCACUGAGGGGGUACAGAUUGGAAUAAUCCAUACGACACUGAUCUUUGUAAAACAAUGUAAUUCGCAAAUGCCAAAUUGACGUUGGUUCAAGGUCAUCGUCUCCCGAUGGUUUUAGGUUUAAAUGACUAAUGACGCGUAGUCUUUUCUCUUCUUUUAAAUCUCCACCGGAUUACGUUACAAGGUUGACCUCAAGUGUGACUUCUGUAGUAAGCCUACACGGUGGCUUUUUCUUUUUCUUUUUUAUGGAAUGACCGAUGAGACGUUAAGUACAAGCACUAGCCGCUUUACUGCACCACGUUGCUCGCAUUUGAUGUAACAUUUCUUCUUUUUAUCUAUUUUCCUAAAGGAUCAUAGAUACAUUAUGCAAUA